AUGCUGCGCCGCCUCGCCGCCGUCGCCCCGCGGGCCUUCUACUCCUCCUCACCACACGCCCCGCCGCUGGCGGCGUCGGGAUACACCCCGCGCCGCGAGUACGGCCUGGUGCCCAUGGUGAUCGAGCACACCUCACGCGGGGAGCGCGCCUACGACAUCUUCUCGCGCCUGCUCAAGGAGCGCAUCGUCUGCAUCCACGGCCCCAUCACCGACGACACGGCGUCCCUCGUCGUCGCCCAGCUGCUCUUCCUCGAGUCCGAGAACCCCGCCAAGCCCGUCCACCUCUACAUCAACUCCCCGGGGGGCGUCGUCACGGCGGGCCUCGCCAUCUACGACACCAUGCAGUACAUCCGCUCCCCCGUCACCACGCUCUGCAUCGGCCAGGCCGCCUCCAUGGCGUCGCUGCUCCUGGCCGCGGGGGCGAGCGGGGAGAGGCGGGCGCUGCCGAACGCGCGGGUCAUGAUCCACCAGCCCUCCGGUGGCGCGUCGGGGCAGGCCUCGGACAUCGCCAUCCACGCCAAGGAGAUCCUCAAGGUGCGCGACCGGCUCAACAAGAUCUACGCCAAGCACACGGGCCAGGCCAUCGACCGCAUCGAGCAGUGUAUGGAGAGGGACAUGUUCAUGGACCCGGAGGAGGCACAUGAUUGGGGGCUCAUCGACGAGGUCAUUGAGCACCGCCCUGUCUCUCUUGUGUCUGAUGCUGUUGGCAGUGAUUCGCCAAACCUCGGUGGCGGCGGAACUGGGGUGAAUAAAGGGACGGAUGAGCCAUCUUCAGCGUGA